AUGCGUGAGCUUUGGAAAAAGCUGAGCGGCUGCAAGGAAAGAUUAGAAACGGCUACCGUUUUAAGUCAAGAACAAAAGGAGUUUCUAAAAGGGCUAAAGCCUUGCACCGAAACAAGCAGCUGUGAGAAAAUAACUCUUACUAGGGAGCAACAACACGAAGUCAUUGCGGAUAUAGACAGCAGCCGUUCCAGACGGCAAGCUUACAACGACAAAACUUAUCCCGGUAGAAGAUGGUCACGAGGCGUUUUCUAUUCACUUGACGGCAGCUUGACUGACGACCUUCUUCUUGUGUUCAAAGAGCACGGAUGUUGGGCAGAAGUUGGCAGACAAGAAGGAUGGCAGUUACUUUCACUGGGCAAAGACUGUGACACUGUAGUGUUUGAAGUUAUUCCCACUUCGUGCAAAGCCAGG